AACAUCAAUAAAAUGUAACUCUGGCGGGAAAGAUCAGCAUGUGUUUCUAAUAAAUAACUAUUGCAGUGUAUGAUGAGCUUGAAAAAAUCAUCUAUAGAUAAAGUUAAUUAUUGAUAAAGUUGUUGAACUUUGAUCUAUUGUUAACUAUAAAUCUUAUCUAAUGAUUCGAGAUCGUGACUGUUUUUGGAAAUUAUGGAGAACGAUACGAAGAAUAGAAGAAAAAGGCUGUCCGGAGAUGCAGUGGAAUUUCAAUCGAAACGGUCGAGAGGGAAGGAAAAUUCUUUUGUCUUUUCGAAAGGGUGUAAGGCAGGUAAAAUAGAAAAAAUUCUAAUGAGAAAUUUUAUGUGUCACGAUGCCAUGGAAGUAAUAUUAAAUCCAAAUGUAAAUUUCAUUGUCGGCCGUAAUGGAAGUGGUAAAAGUGCAAUAUUAACAGCUUUAACGGUCGGUCUUGGUGCUAGGGCAAACAUCACUAGUCGUGGAAUAUCUGUAAAAGGUUUCAUAAAGAAAGGAAAAAAUUCGGCAAUGGUUGAAGUAUCAUUAUUUAAUAAAGGACCCAUGGCAUACAAACCAGAUAUCUAUGGAGAAUCGAUAACAGUUAUUCGCAAUAUUGGAAAUUCAUCGUCGUACAAAAUUAAGAAUUGGAAAGGAGAAAUAAUUUCAACAAAGCGAAGUGAACUUGAUAACAUACUAAGAACAAUGAAUAUUCAAAUAGAUAAUCCUAUUUCUAUCCUCAAUCAAGACAUAUCAAGAACAUUUUUGAUAUCCUCAAAGCCAGAAGAAAAGUAUGAGUUGUUUAUGAAAGCAACUCUUUUAGAUGUAAUUGGUAAUAAUUACAAAGAGGCUGCAUUAACAUGCGAGCAAGAAUAUGAAAAAUUGAAACAUUAUAACGAAAUUUUAUCUGAGGAAAGAAAACAAGUAGAGCAACUUAAAACAAAUAUAAAGAGAGCAGAAGAAAUUGAUACGUUACGCCAUGAAGUAAAUGAUCUUGAAAUGGAAUUAGUUUGGGCAGUUGCCAUAACAGAAGAAAUCAAGUUACGCACAAUCGAAGAUACUCUUAAAAAAUGUGAGAAUCAUGCUAAAGAACUUCAGGACACGGAAUCAUCUGCAGAAUCAAAAGAUGAAGAAAUAAAUACAAACAUUCUAAAAUUAGAACAGGAAAUUAAAGGUGUGGAACAGGAAGCUGCCGGUAGUUUUGAAACAUAUAAUAAAAUAAAACAAGAAUAUAGCAUAAAUAAAGAUGCACAUUCUAUCAAAGCAAGAGAGUGGCGUUCUGCUCAAAGUAAAAUUAAGAGAUUGGAAGAUGAUAUAAGUAUGAUUCGAAAAGAAGUACACAAACUAGAAAGCGGUGACAAUGCAGAACAAGUUGAAAGAAAUAAGAUAAAGCAGCAGUUAACAACUUUUGAACAUAAGUUGAACGAAAUUGAGGCACUAUUGCGAACAAAACGAACUCAUCAAACACACUUGGAAACUGAUAAAAUGCGAUUGGUAAAUGAAAUUCGAACUUCCAAAAUGAAAAUUAACGAAUGCGAAAACCAUAUGCAAAAAAUCAAACGGGAAGUAAAUGCACGGAAACUACAUUCUGAUAAUGCAUUGACUGUAUUUGGACGAAAUAUACCACGUCUACUUAGAAGAAUUGAAGAGGCAUGUAAUAAUGGACAUUUUAGUAAGAAGCCUCGUGGUCCGCUUGGAGCGUAUAUAAAAGUGAAAGAUUCAGCAUGGUCUGCUGCUAUUGAAAAUUAUUUAGGUUCUAGCACUUUUAGUACAUUUUGCGUAGAUAAUAGUGGAGAUGCCAAAGUAUUAAAUGCAAUCAUGAGUGAGAUUUAUUUAAAUGAAAGGAGCCCGCAGAUAAUAUGUAGCAAAUUCUAUGAUAGAGUUCACGAUGUUCAUGCUUAUUGCGCUCGAUCACCACAUUAUUCUAAUCUCUUAAACGCAAUGGAGAUAUCAGAUCCCGUUGUUGCCAAUUGUCUAAUCGAUCAGCGCGAAGUUGAAUGCGUUUUGCUGAUUCCAACUAGCAAGGAAGCAGCUGAUAUUAUGUGUAACGCUUCAAAAGUUCCCCCGAAUUGCAGAAGAGCUUUCACUCAACAAGGGGAUACAUUCUAUCCAGACCCCCAUUAUAGAAGUUACGGUGGACCACGCGGUUUAAGAGCUAGAUUUCUCCAAGUUUCUGUUACCGAUGCAAUUAACGCAUUAGAAGAAGAGCUUCAUAGUAUGGAGAUUGAGAAAACUGCAGCCAUGCAAUCAUGCAAGACGGCAUCUGAAAAAGAAAAUCGUAUGAAUUUAGAGUUACAAUCCGUCAAUGGAGAAAUCACAAAGCUUUAUGAUACUCAUAAUCGAUAUAAAGUCCAAAUUAAUGACUUAAAGGAUAAAAUUGAAGCUAACGAAGCUAUAUCCGUUACUGUAUUUAAAAACGAAUUAAAUGAGUUGGAAACGAAAUUAGAUAAAGAAAAAUGUGAAGAAUCCCGUUUGAAUGAAACUGUUCUCGAACUUCAAAAGAAGAUAGACAGUUUAGAGACAGAAAUGAAACAUCAGAGAGAAUUGUGUCGAAAUCUAGAUACAAAAAUUAACCCACUGAAGGAAAGUAUUAAAAGCUUGCAAGAUGAAAAGGAAGCGAUACACGCACAAAGUCGACACGCUGCAAGAAGAUUACAGGCAAUUCGCCAAGCUCUGCAAACUGCAACAGCGGAAUUUGAAAUGCAGCAAAGAGUCACUGAAAAUGCUGUGUCCAAAGCUACAAAUCAAUGUGAUAGAAUAGAAACAACAAGGUCGGCCAAAGAACUUGAAAGAUUAUCCAAAGAUUUGAAAGGAAAAAUUCACGAAAUAGAGCGACUUUUCGGUUCUAUAGAACAAUUACGGAAAGACUUAAAAGAGAAGGAAGCGAGAUAUGGUAAAGAUUUGCACUUAGCUUCUAAAAUUGACAAGAGCUAUCAACAACAUCGUCAGCGAUUACAACAACGAAAAAAAUUGUUUCUUGAAUUGAAACAAACUUACGGGAUAAGGAUACAAGAUUCAUUUUCAAACCUACUCGCUGUACGAGACAAAACAGGUACUAUAAAUAUUGACCACGGGAGAAAAAUACUUGAACUUGAAGUGAACCCAAACAGAAACAGCAAAAAGUCAAGCAAUGAUGCAAAAUCGUUAUCAGGCGGUGAAAGGUCUUAUGCGACCGUUGCUUUUAUUUUAGCACUUUGGGAUUGUGUCGGUUUGCCUUUUUAUUUCCUUGACGAAUUUGAUGUAUUCAUGGAUAAAGUAAACCGACAGAUUAUAAUGAAUAUUCUUUUGGAUCAUACCAAAACACAUCCGGAGAGUCAGUUCACGUUUUUAACUCCUUUAGAUACGUCUAAUGUCCUUGCAGAAGACUAUGUGACAAUUCAUCAACUAGCACCGCCAGAAAGGGGGAGUUAGGGCCAACAAAUAUAAUUUAGGUUAAUAUAUUUUCUAAGACAGCGUCCACUAUUUUUCUUAAGAUUCGGUAGAAAAUGGAGAGUUUAUGAGUAACGUCGAGUAAAAAUAAUAUAUUUAUGUUAGUGUAAUGGUAAUAACACUAAAAAGUGUUAUUCAUGAGUAUUAAAUUUCAUAAAUAGUAACAUUAGUAAUUUGACAAAAAACUAUUCUUGGUCGAUUCGUAGGAGAUAUGUACUAUAUUGGUCAGAGUAUAACGCGUAUGAGAGGCGUGUAAAGUAUAUUUUUCUAAAAAGGGAACAUAUCCAACUGUCCGUCUCCGAUAUUGAUGAAACUUGGUGGGUACAUUAAGCAGGUGAAAAUAAGGGAUACGUAUUUUUUAAUAGCUGCCCCCCAAUCGCAAGUUUAGGGGUUGAAAUCACCCCAUGAAGUUUCAGCAGAAAAAUGCUAUCUCGAAAACUACAAUAGAUAUAAGAAAUCUUCUUAGGGAAAAGAUUCAUGGUUUCAUGAGGUAAAACAAAAAGUGGUCACAGAUUUUGUAAAAUGUAAUUUGUUUAUAACAAAAAA